AUGUAUGAAAAUGACAGAAGUGUGUUUGACCAAUGUAAUACAUCAUUAAGCAAUACUAGCAAACUUUUAUUCAGUUGCGAUGAUCCAAAAGCAUUGAAAUAUUUUCCUGUGGUAUUUGCCGAAUUUACAGCAGACCCAAAUUCGCUGAAGUUUAAAGAUGGAAAGAAGUAUUAUUUUAUUGGUAAGUAAUAGAAAGUCAAUUUUACAGGACUGAGGGACCCAAAUUAUGGGCUGAAGUUUGGAGGGGGGAAGAAGUGUUAUUUUAGUGGUAAGUGAUGAGGAGUCGCAUUUACCUUAAAGUUUCCACAGUGGUGACUCCCUGAGAGUUAAACGAACCAAGUUCUGUUUCUCUAUAUCACAUAAAAAAUUAAUGCAUGAUCAGUGAUGUUGAGUUUUAUGUACUUAUCAUGUAAAAUUGUGAUGCCCAAUCUAAAAUCAUUUGAGUCCCAGUCCAAACACCAAUGAUUUUACUGUAGUAUCAUGUAUUGUAGCUACUUCUGGGCCUCUUUUUUUUAUAAGAUUGCUCUCUUGACUAACUUACUAACUAGGUUUUAUUACGCUACAUGUAUAUUACAUAAAAGGAUAUUGUUCAAAAUCAUCUCCAUGUCAAGUCAACAAUUGUUUUGUAUGUUUCCUCAUUGUUUGUCUGUUGUAGGGACAUCUGAUGGCACAUAG